GCCUCUAUAAGACCAAGCCUCCUCCAUCCAUCCACACACACUCUCUAAACACAACACACACACUCCAGUGGCCAUGGGAGACUUCCUGAAGAACACGCUGGGUAACGAUGGAAUUGCAAAAAUAGCUGGACAGAAAGUGGGUGGGCUGGUGGAGGACGCCGUGGGUAAAGCCCUGGGUGGAGGCAAGAAAGAGGGGGAGGAGAAGAAAGGAGGAGGAGGAGGAGGAGGAGGAUUUGGAGUGGAGGACGCCCUCUCACUCGUUGGUGGAAAGAAAGACGACAAAGGAGGAUUCGGCGUGGACGACGCCCUCUCACUCGUUGGUGGAAAGAAAGACGACAAAGGAGGAUUCGGCGUGGACGACGCCCUCUCACUCGUUGGUGGAAAGAAAGACGACAAAGGAGGAUUCGGCGUGGACGACGCCCUCUCACUCAUUGGUGGCAACAAGGAGGGAGGAGACGGAGGAGGAGUGAAGAAAGCCCUUGGAGGACUGUUUGGAUAGAAACCCUGCAGACCACGUCCUGAGGAAAACCUGCUCCUCUGGAAAACCUUCAGCUUUUUGAAAAUGAAAUAAGAAAAUAAUGUAACCAUUAAGAAUCAUGCUCAGUCACGACUUACUGUUUAAUCAGAUGUGUUAUCUCUGUUGGUUUUAAAUUAAACACAUUAUCUUCACUGUCAUGAAUGAAAAGGUUCAAACUGUCUCCUGAGUUUCUCUGAGGUCUGUUCAGAUCAGCAUCAUUUACUCAUUAAACUGUUUGAUCAAA